AGGCUCCUCCGCAGCGAUGUGAGGUGAGCGGAGAGAAGGGGGAAAGAGAGAGAGAGAGAAAGGGAGAGAGAGAGAGAGGGAGGAAGCAGAGGGAGAUCACUCGGUCCAGAACUCAGCAGCAUCAUGGCACCUAUCGGAUUAAAGGCGGUGGUCGGCGAAAAGAUUAUGAACGAUGUAAUCAAGAAGGUGAAGAAGAAGGGAGAAUGGAAGGCGCUGAUUGUGGACCAGCUGAGCAUGAGGAUGUUGUCGUCCUGCUGCAAGAUGACAGACAUCAUGACAGAGGGCAUCACCAUCGUGGAGGACAUCAACAAGCGGCGAGAGCCUCUUCCCAGCCUGGAAGCCAUUUACCUGAUUACACCCACAGAGAAGUCUGUCCACACCCUCAUCGGAGACUUCAAAGACCCUCAUUCAGCUAAAUACAAGGCAGCCCACGUUUUCUUCACCGACUCCUGCCCUGAUCCUCUGUUCAACGAGCUGGUGAAGAGCCGCGCUUCCAAAACCAUAAAGACUCUGACGGAGAUCAACAUCGCAUUCUUGCCCUACGAGUCUCAGGUGUACUCUCUGGACAAUCCAGAUGCCUUCCACAGUUUCUACAGCCCCCACAAGACCCAGCUGAAGAACCCGGUGAUGGAGAGGCUGGCUGAGCAGCUGGCCACGCUCUGCGCCACCCUGAAGGAGUACCCUGCCGUCAGAUACCGAGGGGAGUACAAGGACAACGCCACCCUGGCCCAGCUGGUUCAAGACAAACUGGACGCCUACAAGGCUGACGACCCCACCAUGGGAGAGGGUCCAGAUAAGGCUCGCUCACAGCUGAUCAUCCUGGACAGGGCGUUUGACCCCGUCUCACCUGUCCUGCAUGAGCUCACCUUCCAGGCCAUGGGCUACGACCUGCUGCCCAUCGAAAACGACGUCUACAAGUAUGAGACCAGUGGCAUCGGAGACUCUCGUGAGAAGGAGGUGCUUCUGCAUGAAGACGAUGACCUGUGGGUGAGCCUGAGACACAAACACAUAGCUGAGGUGUCCCAGGAAGUGACACGCCAGCUGAAGGACUUUUCCUCCAGCAAGAGGAUGAACACUGGAGAGAAGACCACAAUGAGGGAUCUGUCCCAGAUGCUGAAGAAGAUGCCACAGUACCAGAAGGAGCUCAGCAAGUACUCCACUCACCUGCAGCUGGCUGAGGACUGCAUGAAGCAUUACCAGGGAACAGUGGACAAGCUGUGCCGCGUGGAACAGGAUUUGGCUAUGGGAACAGACGCUGAGGGAGAGAAGAUCAAAGACCCCAUGAGAGCUAUUGUGCCCAUCCUGCUGGACGCCAACGUCAGCACAUAUGACAAGAUCCGCAUCAUCCUGCUCUACAUUUUCCUCAAGAACGGUAUUACAGAGGAGAAUCUGAACAAGCUGAUCCAGCACGCUCAGAUCCCACCUGAGGACAGUGAGAUCAUCACCAACAUGGCUCACCUGGGCGUCCCCAUCAUCACAGAUUCCACCCUCCGCCGAGGAAAGAAGCUGGACAGGAAGGAGCGUGUGAGCGAGCAGACCUACCAGCUGUCCCGCUGGACACCACUGGUCAAGGACAUCAUGGAGGAUGCUAUUGAUGAUAAGCUGGACACCAAACACUACCCCUACAUCUCCACCCGCUCCUCUGCCUCCUUCAGCACCACUGCAGUCAGUGCUCGGUACGGCCACUGGCACAAGAAUAAGACACCUGGAGAAUACCGCACCGGUCCACGUGUCAUGGUCUUUGUCAUCGGUGGCGUGUCCUUCAGUGAGAUGCGCUGCGCCUAUGAGGUCACACAGGCCAAUGGGAAAUGGGAAGCCGUCAUUGGUGCCACCCACAUGCUCACCCCCACCAAAUUCUUAUCGGACCUGCAGCACCCCGACUUCCGAGAGUCCACUAGGGUGUCCUUUGAGGACGCAGACCCCUCAGACGAGUGAGGCAGAGACAGAUUGGGAGGGAGGGAGAGAGAAAUCACACUGAAAAAAGAUCGACCCACAUCUUCACCCCCACCAGCCUGCUGGAGCAGCUCAAGGCCAUGAACAAACCAGACGAGGAAGUGACAAGCUAAAAUCUUCCAAUCACAUCUCUCUCCUCCUUAACCUUAACCCACACCCCUCCUCUACCCAUGUUACCUCCAUAACCCCCUCCGCCCACCCCACCCUAUCCAUUAAUUGUGUAUGCAUCUUGCUUGAAAAGAAAAAAAGACAGAUGAUAAAAAAAAUAUAUGUUGUAUCAAAGAAUAAAAUUGUUGCAAGUAUUCUCAUGUUUUACAAUGGAUGCAACUAAAUGAACUUAUUUAAAAAGGUUUAAAUAUCAGAACAGAAGGCCAUUUAGAACUGAAAGUACCAAAAUGUAAUAUUGUAUGCUAUGAAACCUGCUAGAAUGUGUAAGAGGUAGACAUUUUCUCUUGUUUUCCUUUGGAUUACCUCCUUGGUGUGAGUUUUAUUGGAAGCAGGUGGAGGAGGGAUGUGCAGUUUGAGAGGUUGAUGUUGUAAAAUAUAUCAUAUCAGUCAACAUGCAAUAUACAUAUAUAUAUAAAUAUAUUUCAUCAGAGAGGAGUCGCCCCCUGCCCAUUUGAGAUGUGCAUAUUCAGUAGCAUGCUUGGACUUGUGUGGACUGUUAAUGUGUUUGUAUCCAGUGUGGAUGUUCUGGGAGCUGCAGAGUUGGCGUUUAACCUUUUCCAAAGAUGCUGAGAUUGAAUGCUCCACCGGAAACCUGUGUUCUAAGUAUCAAGAAGUAGAAAAAACGUUCACUGAAACCUGUGUAAUCACUCCUGAAGCAUUAUCCACGACUCAUUCAGCAGCUGAAACUUGUUAACGGUGUGGGCGGUAACCAUUGCUGUGUUGCACACAAACAGACAAUGGCAUAACAGGCUACUGCCGUAGCAACAAACACAAUGUGUCUUUUUUCAGGCACAUUUUGACGGAAAUACAACUUUGUAAAAUACUUAGCACAUGUUUUGACAGAUGGAGAUGUGGACUAUGCUAUGGGAAUGGUUUUAUAAGUUCCUAUGGAUGUUUUGAUACAGUUUUUUUUGCGGCGAAACCAUCGUGUAUUUAAGCUAUCCUCAGCUGCCAUGCUCAAGCUUUCCAUCUUCUUCUACGGCUGGUGAGUGCUUGAUACUCAAAACAUAGUCAAAAUAGUUGAAUUUUCGGUGAAGUAUUCAUUUAAAAUCACUUGGCAGAGCAGAAGACGAAAAGAGAAAGCUCUGUAAAAAAAGCCAGAAUCAUCCCUCCUCCGGCUGCCGAGACUGUGAAGUAUUUACCUGCCACAAAUUUUUCCUUUCUCCGGAGAAACUUCACGUUUUAAUGUCAAAGAGGCCGUUGCUUGCUGAUAUUUAAAGAAUAAUCUUAAAAAGGGCCAGUUGUAUUUCAGUAUUGUAUCUGUCAGAUUAAGUCUUAUCUCAUUGGUUAGUAAUGAUGUUUAAUUGGGCCAUGCACUGAGUAGUGUUGUGUAUCUGCCAUAUGUUGCUGUUUUAGCGUCUCACUGUUGACUGGUGAUAUUUCUGACUGUGAAGUAGUGAUACUUUUCCUUUUAAAAUGCCAAUGUGAAGCCGCCGUGUUUGUGAUGUUUUAGCUGUAGCUGUUAGUGGUCAGCUGGGAAAAAGAACUAUUAUCUAUAUUUUCUUUGUCUGUUUCCUCCUCUGGUGCAAUGUAAAACCCUCCAAUGGUGAAUGGCUUUGCAAAAAAAGAAAAAACAACAAAACUUUAUCCCUCCCCUUUUCACUUUUAUUUCCUCCCUUCCCUCCCUCUUUCCUGGCCAAACAAGUUGUAUAUUGCACUAUAAUGCGUUUUCUGUGAUGCAAACGCUUGACUUUGUGUUUAUUUUUUUCUAUUAUAAUUUGCUGUUGUAUAGGGUUUACUCUGUUAAAUCCAUUGAUUUAUAUCAAAAUUAUUUACCAGAGAAAAAAUAAUGAUGAUACAUUAGUCUGUCCUGAAACUGUUUAACUUAUUGGGAUUGUUUGUUUGCCAGUGUUGAAGCACAAACAAUACUUCCAUGUGUACCUAAUAUGUACUAAGGCUGUCUAAUAAAUUGGCUUCCAUUACA